GUCGAAACCCAAAGGAGUUUUAAAUCAUGGCUCACGCAAACGUCUGGAACGCUCACCCCCGCUCGAACGGCAAGGGCUCUCGUCAGUGCCGUGUCUGCGCUCACCGUGCUGGUUUGAUCCGCAAGUACAACAUCAACAUCUGCCGUCAGUGCUUCCGCGAGUACGCUAGCGAUAUUGGUUUCAACAAGUACCGUUAAAUUCUUCUAUAGACGUGUACAACGCCGGUCAUUAGAAACUGUAGGAUUAUCUUGCCCAUCCAUUUGUGCAAUAGAAACUCUUUUUCUGACCAAGCAAUAAAAAAAACCUUGUCAAAUUCAAACAAAACAAACAAAACAAACAAAAAAAGACUUGAUCCUGAUU